GACUGUAGAAGUAUCAAGAAGUAGUGAAUCUAGAGUCGGUUUUGAUUUUUUAUGCGCCUCAUUUUUUCCACUUAGAAACAGUCAUUGCAGAUAAUGUUCUUCGAUUGUUUAUCGGACAGCGGUGCAUACAGUAACAUAACUAAUUAUUUAUUGCUGUGUGAACGUGAAUGGGGACCGAGUGGACAGAAAGUGGUGGACAUUACCAAGUCUAGGAAGGAGAAAGUAUAGCUGCCAAGUUCACAGUGAGGAAGGACAUGGCAGCUGGCAGUGGUGCAGGAGCAGCCAGCGUGGGCAUUGCGGGCAGUGCCGUGGUGGGUGCUUCGAGCAACAUCCUCAGAGGAGCUGCGGCGAUCGCCUCUUGUGUGGCGGGCCCCACCUCCAGGAUAAGUCCGGAGAACUUCAAGCUGUGGGCAGAGCACCUGCUGCGUGCGCGGGGCGACAACGGCAUCUGUCGCGACCCCGUCAACUCCCACUACCUGGAAGGCGACGCAGUCGCCAUGGGGUACUUCGGUCAGACGCCGAUGUACGAACGUUUUGCCGGGCCGUGGCGCUCGUCUCCGUUGCAGAUGCACGAUGUCGACUGGGACCCUCCUCCAGAGUAUCGCAUCAAUUCCACAAUUAGGGAUAAACUGGCUCCUGUCGAUUUACGCCUGUAUGGGGACGACGUGCUGUUUUAUACAUUUUAUGCAUUUGUCUCUGAAGCACUGCAAAUACUGGCUGCUAAUGAGCUUUACCUGAGAGGCUGGCGGUUCCACAUACAGCGACGAGUGUGGCUGCGGCAGACUUCACGCAGCUGGGCAAUAUUCGAGCCGUGGUCGUGGCAGGUGGUGGAGCGCGACCUGGACGUGGACGUGUCGCUGCUGGAGGGGCGGCCCUUCCCGCCCAAGUCGUACUGCGCCCGCAGUUCGGCCUCCGAAGCCGAGCGGGAGGUGCCGGGCGUCGGGGCGGUGCCGGGGCGCAUCCGGCCCGGCGUCCCCCGCGCGCCGUUCCCGCAGCACUGCCACAGACAGGGGCCGCAGGCCGCCCGCCACCACCACUGCCACCGGACGCAGUUCGAGCGGCGGCAGGGCGAGUGCCCGGAGGACGGGCACCGGGAGGCGCACCUCGAGCUCGAACACUUCCGCGAGCGGCCGCAGCCGCAGCAGCGGCACGAGUCGCAGCAGGAUCUGCGGCAGCGUCGGCAGCUCGAGUUGCAGCAGCAGCAGCAGCAGCAGCGCUGGCAGCAUGAACUGCAGCAGCAGAGGCAGCUGGAGCAGCAGCAGCAGCAGCACCACCACCACCACCACCACCACCCCCCUCAGGGCCAGAGCCGACAGCUGUGCAACCACCACAGCUACCAACAGCAGCAGCAGCAGAAUCUCCACUUCCACCAGACGCUUCAGCUGCAGCUGCAGCAGCACAACCAGAACCAGCAGCAGGCGGUGCUUCCGAGUGACUACCACCACGCCCAAGCUGUGCACCGCCAGCUGCAUGUGCAGUAUCACCAGUUCGGCGGCAACGUAGUAGUGGGCCUGCCGCCGGUACACCACGGUGUUGCCGUGGCGGAUGCCGCGGCAGACGGUCGGACGUCGAUCGUGGCGGCGGCGGCAGUACCUCCCGACUGCCGAGUCACGAUAUGAGUGCCCGGCUGCAAUUCUGCACGCUUCUGUAUGCCGGUGUCUGAAUAAUUGCCACAUUUCUGACUGUACGCUUGAGCUGUGGAAGAUUCUCGGCUGUUAUAGUGCCUCGUGGAUAGGUAAUGAUUAUGUUUGUUCGGAUGGGCACCUUCUGUGGUGGGGUAUAUAUCUCAAUUAUUAUUCCAUUUUUCUGUCUUAAGUGAUCUGCAAUUUAAUAAUGUUCUGCAACGUACGUGUUUGCUUUUAUUUACAGAGCGUCAUUAAUGGUGGUUCUAUAAAUAUACUGUAAGUCGGAUUUUCACAUUUUGCCAUUUAUGGACUAAAAAUAGUUUUUCCUUGUGAGAUGGUGUACAGUAUUUAACACUGUUUGCCAGAUACAUAAGGAAAAAUGUUUUUAAUCCAUAAACAGAAAAAUGUAGAACUAUUUUACAUUUACAGUACCCACACUUAUGCUUUGUAAAUAAAAGUGAAAUGUUCUGAUGUAUGAAUCUAUGAAACCGCUGUACACUUAAGACAUAAAAAGCAAAUAAUAACUGAGGUAAGUAAUUGCUACGUAUUACUACAUUCCCUUACUGAACUAUCUCCGUCUACUUUCUCUGUAGUUCCUUUAGGAGAAUUAUCUCAUCGAUGCCUCGUGUGGAGGUUGUAGGCAAGUAGGUGACUGACGUAGUAAAUGUAUAGCCAAAAUGUGAAAAUGCUCAAAAAACACUUUCUCUAGUGAUUACAUUAACCAAAUGCGCACACAAAAGCAAUAGAGUGUGAAGAGGAAUGUAAGUGGACUGGGGUGUGACACCAGGGUGUUUUGUUGUCCUGUUGUAUGUGUGCUAGUGUCCUUUGCUAGUCAUUAGUGUAGGAAUACCAGUCUGAAUUGAUACCCAAUGUCUUUCUUUAACUAGUUAUAAAUUCUUUCUUCC